GGUAGCAACGCUGCGAAUCUGAGAGAAGCUGAACGUGUAAGGAGAUGAAACCUGGAGCGGUUCGGUCCAGUGAAGGAGAAGAAGCUUCCGGAUGGCGCUCUCAGCUCUGCUUCAUGACCUUCAGCUCUCCUCCUCAGAGAAGCCCCGCCCCUCUGCCUCUCCUCCAAUCACAGAGCUCCUUUUCCAGCUGCAGGAGAAGCUGAUUGGUUCACCGUCUGAAGCCUGCGCCCUGAUUGGUCGAGUGGAGCAGCUCUUCCAGGCUGCAGAUCCUCACUGGUUGUUCUGUCUUGGCUCAGCCAAUCAGGAGGGAGAGAGGGCGGAGCUUCAGGCAGCAUACAGCUCUCUGAUCAGCGCUCUGAUUGGCUGUGCAGCUCUGCCACUGUGUGAUGACGACGGCAGCCCUCUGAGCGCGACGGCCUAUCAGAGCGUCCCGGGCCGCGCCGCCACCGUAAGCUCCGCCCUCACAGCUGUGAUUGACAGCUGGGACCGAGGGGGCGGGGCCAGAGGAGGCCUGCUGCUCGCUGUGGCGCCGCCCAUCUGCGUGUUUGCCGUCACACACUUCCAGGACCAGCUGUGGACUAGCUCCGCCUCCAGAGCUGCUGCACGCUGCCUGCAGGAGGCGCUGCUGAGGGCGGGGCGGUGGAGAGACUCCGCCCACCUCCUGAUGGGAGACACGGAGGAGAACGGAGGAAUCCUGGGAGAAGUUCUGGACGUUCUGCAGCCUCAGCUCAGCAAGUCGUCAUGGCAACGCUGUGAACCGGUCAAGCUGGUGUUUUCCUGGACGCUGCUGCAGGUGACCCGGCCCCGCCUCUCCCCCCACCUCCCCCGCCUCCUCCCCCCCUCCCUCCUGCUCAGCGACCACCACCUGCCGGAGAACUGCAUGCUGGGAGUCCGCUGCCUGCAUCACAUCGUCCUGAACACGCCGGCUGCGGACCUGCGUCAGCUCAACAGGGCCGAAGUUCUGCACCAGGCUGCACUCAGGCUGCUGAGCAGCAGCCGGGUCGCCGCCGUCGUCCAGCCGGUUCUGUUCUGCCUGCUGGACCUGCUGCUGGUCUUGGAGAAGCCCCCCUCCUCGCUGGCCCCAUCCUGCCCCCCCAGGAAGAACAGUCGCCAUGACGACGUGCUGCGUCUGGUUCUGACCCACAUGGAGGCGGAGCACAAGGUGGCGCUGCGCCGCGUCUACGCCGCCGCGCUGCCGCCCUACGUCCAAAGGAUGGGCGUGGCCGUGUGCAGACACCUGAAGCGGCUGGAGCGGGUGGUUCUGGGAUACCUGGAGAUCAGAGACCCACCAGAGGAGACCAGCAGGCUGAAGGUUCUGGAGGUUCUGCAGAACACGAUCAGAGCGGCCUGGCCCAGGAUGCAGCAUCGCAGCAACGCGUUGCUGUGUUGCCUGCUGCGGUUGCUGGUUGACGUUUCCUCCGACUCUGAGCUCAGAGACUCGAUCCGACAGCAGCUGAUGGAUCAAACCUGCGUCUGCCUCAAACUGCUGGAUGCCUGUUCCCAUGGAGACGUGCAGCGGCGCCUCCUGCAGGUCGACAGCAGCUGCUGCAGCGCCGAGGUCCUCCGCUGCCUGGAGACGGUCACCGUGGCGACGGACAGGUGAUGGAGGCGGGACUGACGCAGACGGACACUGAGCAGAGUUCAAACUUAGUUGUGGAUGAACUGGAAGGAAACCUCAGAGCUUCAGGUUUGAUCUGAUGAGACUCGACUAACGGGACGUUUGCUGGGACUAUUUUCAGCGGCGGAUGGAUCCACGUUCUGAAGGACUGGUGUUGGUUCUGUGAAACGUUUUCAGGCUUUAGUUUGGGUCUGAACAUGACAUGGGUUUUGUUUUUCUGAAAUAAAGCGACACACGAAGCUGCAGCAGAAA